UAGUAGAUAGUAUGUUUUUAUAAAGUGCGCGCGUUUUAUGAUUGUUCACUAUUUCCGCAGAAUUUAAAUUGUAUUGCGAUGGAUGAAAGUAAAAUGGUAAAUACUGGUGACAAGAGACCUGAGUGUGUGAAAACACAGUUAUUUCGAAGAACCAUGGAAAGCAUUUUUAAAGGAAUUUGCAAGGACAUCGAUGAAGGAGUGAUGCAAGAGUGUUAUGGAAAACUUCUUGGGAAAUAUCCAGCAACAAUCUCCAAAAUACAUAGCCGUUUUAUAGAUUAUGUAGAAACAGAAUUUAAGGAGAAAAUUGAUGAACUUGUGAUUGAAGAAAAUGUAAAUGAAAAAUUUCUACAACUUCAAAAGCUGGAAGAAGACAUCUCACCAGGAAAUGUGAAAUGGCUGCCGUCAAGGAACUGCUUGAAUGACAUACGUUCUCAUGACUGUCAGAAACAAAUGCAACUGAAACAGGAGUUGGUGGCUCUAGUAGAAAAAGAAGAAGCAGAGGUAGAAAAAAUGAGGAUGAAAGUAGAAGAUGCAAGAAAACAAUAUGCACACCUUCAAAGCAAGGUUUCAAACUUGACUGAAAUUUCUUCCAAGCUAAACACGUGCACAGAGAGAAUAGAAAUACUACUAGAAAACUUAGUUUCAGACUUAGAAAUUGGUCACUAUAUUUAUGAGUGACUUCCAGCUGUUUGUGUCCCAGAAAAUACAUACAUUUUCUGAGUGGAGCAGUUAUGUCUCAUGAUCUAAAUAAUCAUCACACAGUUCAGUCUCUACCAUAUUUUGUAACAGUAGUUAAAAAUGUGGAUUCUAUUUUUGUUAUAUUUCUUUGUGUGCUGUAAAUUGAUAAUUUUGAUUAAGAGCUAAGACUCUGAAAGCUUCAAACUGCAGUUGUUCGUUCACCAGAUGUGGCUGCAGUUUGUAUUGAAACCUAUUGAAACCUGUAGUAUUAAUGUCUGAAAAAUAGCAUUUUCUUAGUGCUUUGUAUGUGCAAUUUCUUUACUUUUGAUCUCAUGUUGACAAUAAUUUUUAUUUUGUGUAUAUGUAUAGCAAAAGAUUGGUUGGUAUGCUCCUUUGAACACUAUAGAUUUUAAAUACUAAUAUCUGAAUUUUAUUAAAAUCUGCUGCUAUGUUAUUAUUUUGUA